UGCUACACAAGAAAUGACUCCCCGCUGUCUGUCGCUUUCUUUCUCUCUCUCUCUCCUCUUCAGUACCUCCUCCUCCUCCUCCCGCAUGUUGUUCUCAUGCACCCUCCCAAGCUCCUCAUUCUCAUCACUACUUGAUCUAUGGGCACACUUUUAAUAUUUCACCGUCAACGCCGUGAGCCCAACAUUCGGGUCCUACGAGCCCUCCCUCCUCUUUCUUUCUCUCUCUCCUCCUCCUCCUCCACUUGCUGCAUCUACUCUGCACUCCUCUCUCCGCCACCUGUUAGUUAGUCUCCCUGGCUGCGCUGCGCCGGAAUCCCUCCUCCUCCUCCUCCUCCUGAACCUCUUCUUCUUGUCUUAUAUGAGUUUCACAAUCGCUCUGAGUCUUUCGACCUUCAUCCCAAUGACCGUGCGGAAAGGAAAAACUUUAGCCAUCACCAUCCAGGAGCACAUGGCCAUCGACGUCUGCCCGGGACCCAUCCGGCCUAUCCGUCAAAUCUCCGCCUACUUCCCCCGCCUGUCGCCCACCUCCUCCUUCUCGGAGCCGAUCUCGCCCAAUCAGACGGGGGCCAGCGCAGCCCUCAGCCCCGGCGGCACGGGUCAAGGCGCAGUGGGAGGAGGCGGCGGCGGCCUGUUGUCGCCCUUGUUAGCGGCGGGAGGCGGCGGCGGCGGCGCGGGGGGUUCACUGUCCGCCAUGAGCAGCAUCGACACCUCCAUCGAGGUGGACAGCUGUGACAGCGACGAUAACACAUCUUUGGGUACAUUGGAGUUUGACCUGCUGUAUGACCGAGCCACCAGCUCCUUGCACUGCACUGUCCUCAAAGCUAAGGGUCUGAAACCGAUGGAUUUCAACGGGCUGGCUGAUCCCUACGUGAAGCUGCACCUUUUGCCGGGAGCCUGCAAGGCCAACAAACUGAAAACCAAGACAGUCCGGAACACUUUGAACCCGGUGUGGAACGAGACGCUCACAUACUGCGGCAUCACUGAGGAGGACAUGUAUCGCAAAACGCUGCGAGUGUCCGUGUGCGAUGAGGACAAGCUGACGCACAACGAGUUCAUUGGGGAGUCGCGGGUGGCCCUGCGCCGCGUGAAGCCCGACCAGACGAAACACUUCAACAUCUGUCUGGAGCACCCACCUCCUCUGCCCUCACCCACGGCUAUGAGCACGGCACUCCGAGGCAUCUCCUGCUACCUGAGAGAGUGGGAGACGGAGCAGCAGAGAAGUCUGGAGGAGCGAGGCCGCCUGCUGCUGUGCCUGCAGUACGUGCCCCCGGUCGACGCCGACGGCGAGGGGCCGGGUGAGGGGGCCCGCGGCGGGCUGUGCGUGGGCGUCAAGCGCUGCGCCCACCUGGCCGCCAUGGACGUCAACGGAUUCUCCGACCCCUACGUGAAAACGUACCUCAAGCCAGAUGUUCAGAAGAAGUCUAAGCACAAAACCGCUGUGAUAAAAAAGACCCUCAACCCGGAGUUUAAUGAGGAGUUCUUCUACGAAAUCUCCUUCUCAGAGCUGGCCGCCAAGACGUUAGAGGUUACCGUGUGGGACUACGACCUUGGCAAGUCAAAUGACUUCAUCGGGGGCGUCUCUUUAGGGUGCCACUCACAGGGCGACACCCUACAGCACUGGAUCGACUGCCUGAAGAACAAGGGCAAGAAGGUGGAACGCUGGCACACGCUGACCAACGAGCUGCCCGGCUCCACUGCGCAGGAAUGAAGCGUAGCCCUCAAACGCGCCCCCUCAGGACCGUGCGUCCGACCGAUGACAACACACCGCGGCGGCAAGAAAGAAGGAUUUCUACACGAUUGUCACCGGCUUCACCAAUGACUUCAUCAUUCAUGAAAGCAAAAAGGCCUCUGUCAGAGAAAAGCAAGUUGAGACACACAUCAUGAGAGGCCUGGUCACCACAACCUGCACAAAGCUGCUUUUUAUAAGUCGAUCCAUUGUUGCUUUCUGUGAAUUUGGGUGGUCCGAAAGUUGCCUAUUUGCAGAUAGAGGGGAUUAAAAACGCGUUUACAAGGGAACACACAGCAGGACAAGCAGUUGGGUUGUCGCCAACGACUACCCUGGCUCAAUUUACUCAUAAAAUAGGAAAAUGUGAAAGGCAACGCAGUCAGGGCUACGCAAAUUAAUUAUACCUUCUGCCAUCUGCUGGAACAAAAUGUCAUCGUGCUUCCUGACACUCCGCGUCGCUGGCAUAAGAUAGAUGUGCAAAGAUAUAUAUUCUUACAAUGAAAUUGGAUCGUUUCCCUCGCCACACCUGUUUAUUUCGAAAGUCACGGAAGUGGGGAAUCGCGGCUCUUACGGCUCUUUUUUUCUGUUUGCCGUGAAACCGUGCAGGAAAUAAGAACAUUUAGCGAGAUGGAGGAUUUGUGUAUCCCAUUAAGCCGGACCAGUUAUGUUGAUCAGAUAAAACCGCGCGCGCGUCUCGCUCGCACUGCCGCAACGCUCCGAGGAUCUUCAAAGAGACAUUGUGCAACAUUGGAUUUUGAAUCGAUUGAGCUUGUCACAGCACGCGCUGUUGACAGCUCAAUAAACUGGAAAAGGAGAAUCGGUUCUUCCACGUUCAUGACUUCUUGUCAAUCGUUUGCAUGUUCCGUGUUGCUGACGUCCACUCAAAAGAAAAAAAAAAAAAAAACGAGCUGCCGUUGUUGCCAGUUGCACUCUUUUGAUGGCAAGAUAAUGUUCAUGAUGUAUGUUUUUUUUUUCUCGAAUGUGCUUCAAGUUGUAAAAAAAAAAUACCCCAAAAUUACAAAACUUGAGCGAGGAGCACUCGUUCCGAUUUUUUUUUUUUUUUUUUUAACAAUCAACAAGACACACAACCAAAUGUUUGUUGGCAUACCAAAACUGACCUGUGAAGAGGCAGCAUGGUGCUUCAGGGCAUCCAUCCAGACUGCUGGAAAAUACACACAAAGAAAUAGUAGUAGUUGUAGUAGUAGUUUCAGCAUUUUUCCAUGUGCAAUGAACUAGUAUUGCGCCUAUUCCUCACUAGUAAGACAAUUCAGCCACUAGUAGAGUCUGUCUUACUCAGGAAAAAAA